UGUCUCGUGGACACGUGGUUAUUUGGAGGUGAGAAGAAUUUUGAACGACUUGUCACCUUUCCUGUGGGAAUUUUGAUUGUGCAACCUGAUGUGUUUUUAGAUCCUGUUGAAGGGGUUUUUACACCAGAAAUUCUAAAUUUAUUCUGCGGUGCCGCGUCUUCAGUGAAAAUGUUAUUUACGGUGUGCGUGUGUCAACGUACCAAUCAAGAUUCAGCGGACAUGGCCCGGAUCCUUUUUUCUUUACUUCUAUCCUUUUGAAUUCGACCGAAAAUUACGACACGCAAGCGGCCAUGUGGACUUUUGAUUUCAAUUUUGGCCUUGUCUCAAACACAAGUAAAUCGCCCGUAAUACUUCGCGUCAUUUUGGAACUGCUAGAGUUAAAUAACACGUCUUCGCUAUUUGCCGUCAGUUCAAAGGAACGAUUUCAACACAUCAGAAUAAUCGGCCGAAACAAUUCUGAUCAAGCCAAUGUGUCAGUCAACUUUGACCAUGUCUACAGCGGGCACUACAAACUCAAAGUGGAAGAGUGUAGGAGUCGAUUCAGUUGUUUUCAAACUAUUCACGAAUCUGAUCUUGGUGUUGUUAGUACCGAUCUUACUAACAUUGAUGUCGCUAGGAUGAACAUUAGCAUUAGGACCACACCUACUGAAAUUGGAGGAAUGGACGUUUCAUUUGCCGUCCUAUAUUUUAACGUCUCAAACGCAUUCCUGCCGUUUGAGGAAUUUAUGGUUUCGCUCAUUUCUGUUGACGGCGUUCAAUCGUUUAGUCGAAGAGUGAUUGGCGAAACUAAAGCGGAAUUUCGUUCGUGUAGGAACAACAACGACUCAAGCGUUUCCACCGAUUGCUAUCAACUUGUCAACGGACAAUACAUUACGAGGAUUGAUCCUAUCGAUUCGAGAUGCAAUUAUCAGAAACAAGUUGUCGCCUCUAUUAAACGACCUUGCAGGCGAUACAUUUUUACGAAUAUUAACGUCAUUCCAAGUGGGUUUUUCAGAUUUGCUUCAAGCAAUGAACUAUCGCGUGUCAUUGCAUUGCAUCAUUUAGGGCGGUUUUCCAAAUUUUCCUUGUGAAUUUUUUUUUUACUUUAAGUCAUUGACAGUUAAAAAUGUCAAACAAGUCGUAUCCUUGUGUUGUAGAGCAUUGCGCAAUUUGAAAAUUCCCUUUUGAUGUCAUCCUGACGUGUUUUUACUCGUCUUCCGUGAUCCGGCAUUCUAAUAACCUGUUUGUGACGUAAAUGACAAAGCGGUGGCCUUGGGAUCAGGAACACUAAACGGGGAAUGCAAUGCAAGAUAGCGACAAAUGAUGAUAUAAUUUACUUUUAUUGGCUAGAUAUUCAAGUUUACAUUAAUCAAUUAAGAGUGAGUUACGAAACGUAGCAUAUGUUUUUAAGGGAAAUCAAUUCGCACAGCAAAUCAAUUUCCGGCAAAUAUCAGGUACCGUUCCAAGCAGUAUAAUUUGAUUGCCAAAACAAAGACAAUUGUUUUAGGUUAUGUAACAGCGAAGUGCGUGAAAGUUCAAUUGGUUGGAAUGGUUUGAUAGUUUAUGUAAUGGUAUUUUUCUCAAUGAACGUAGCGUAACGGGGCGCUAGUUUCUUCGUCGGCAACGCCCUCAAAAUCAAAGGUCGGCUGAUAUCAAAUGAUUUUUUUUUGUGGGCCACGGAAAUCGAAUUCCCUUUUAAUUUUUAAACAAAAAUUAAGGGGCGUUGUUGAUUAAACUUUAAAUAUUUGAAUUUUUUAAUGCCUUCAAAUCUUUUUUUCUGGGGUUUGAAAAAGAAUUAAUUGUUAUAUAACGGAUCUUGUUGAAUUAAGUUCAUGGUAGGAUUUUCGUAUUAAAAAAAGAGAGAUUAUUAGAACACUUUAAUCAAAUAUUUUUUCAUUAGUUACGCAAUUGCUUCUUUUGGGACUUCAAACGUCUAAACUGUUCUGCCAAGAAAACAAGGAAUGAUAUCAGAACUCCAAUGCCAAGGAUAAAAAAGGCGCUGGCCAGAUCUUGAAGGUUCAAUCGUCGUAGUUUUUUCGACUUAUUUUUCUUUUGAGAUUCGCAAGGUGACUCACCAAACGAAUAUCUCUUGCGCCAAUGUCCAACAAGCCCAGUUUGGUACAGUUCCAGGAUUCUUUGAUAAAUAUUCGUAAUUAAUUCCCAAACAUGAAUUGUUCAAUUACGAAAACUUACCCUUUAUUCAUUGAAGUUUUAUGAAUAUCGCCCUUUCUAAGAAUCAGACCACAAAGUCCAUAAUCUUUUAUGGGUUGGCCAAUGUGGACUCUGCACUUUCCAGUUUCCUGAAAAUCCUUGCUCAAGCGGAAUUUUAAAUAGUUCACCACCUAGUUUUAUAAUAAGAUACUAAUUGAAGACAUUCGUAAACUAUAAUAAUAAAUUUCAAUUUACAUCAUUAUAGGCACAGCAACCCGAUGCAACUUUUUGAAAAGCAGUCUCCUGAUCAGGAACGAAAUUCUCAGGAUGGCGACGAAACAUGUCGCCCAUUUUCUUCAACUUCCCGGUUGUGGCGCUCUGCAACCAAAUGAAAAGACUUGAUGAGGGGAAACUGCAAGAACUAAUGUAAUGAAAAUAAUUGCAAGACCAAGAUGAAUUCGCGGGCGAAUCCGUCAUCAAAUGCAAG